GGAAGAAGAAGAGCAGACAGGCAGAGGAACCCGGAAGUGUGUGCCACUCGCUUUUCAAAAUAUCCACUUAGACCAGGAGGGACGUAUUUUCCUGGCUGGAUAUAAUAAUGAAAUCGGGUGUGUACACUCCACUUUUGCAGAUUUUGGAAAACAGCCGUUGGGUGAAUUAUUUCGGUUAACCCUGUGGAUGUGGCCUUGUCUCUGCUGUCCAGCAGCUCAUCAUGUCAAUGUGAAGUCCACUCUCUGAGUGUAGGAAGUUGCAGAGGUAGCAAUGUAACCUGUUUACAACAGCAGCAGAUUCCGCAGCCAGAAGUGUUUUCAGUGCAGUCGUGUCCCUGCGCAGAGAAACGGAGGUGGUUGUAGUGUGAUUUAGGGUAGAGCAGAAUGCAGACUUCCGGACACCGGCUGCGGGAUGUGGAGCAGCACCAUCCCUUGCUGUCCAGCGGGGAGGAGGAGGUGACCGUGGGCCGGGUCUGGUUCAUCCAGGACGGCUGCGGCAUGGUGUGCGCCUCCAUGACCUGGUUUCUAGUGAUGUACGCAGAAUUCGUGGUGAACUUCGUCAUGCUUCUGCCCUCCAAAAGCUUUUGGUACUCGUUCAUCAACGGCGUGGCGUUCAACUUCUUGGCCGUACUGGCACUAGCGUCGCACAUGCGCACCAUGCUGACAGAUCCGGGAGCUGUUCCGAAGGGAAAUGCCACUAAGGAAUACAUGGACAGUCUACAGCUGAAACCGGGGGAAGUCAUUUACAAGUGCCCUAAAUGCUGCAGCAUCAAACCAGAGAGAGCUCAUCACUGCAGCAUCUGCAAGAGAUGCAUCAGGAAAAUGGAUCAUCACUGUCCCUGGGUGAACAACUGCGUUGGAGAAAACAACCAGCGAUACUUUGUGCUGUUCACUAUGUACAUCGCUUCAAUCUCUCUGCAUGCCCUCUGUCUCAGUGGUUUCCACUUCUUCACCUGCGUCAAAGUCCAGUGGAACGAGUGUAGUGACUUCUCCCCUCCCGUGGCUGUCAUGCUCCUCAUUUUCUUGUGUCUGGAGGCUCUCCUCUUCCUCACCUUCACCGCUGUCAUGUUCGGCACCCAGAUUCACUCCAUCUGCAACGACGAGACGGAGAUCGAGAGGCUGAAGAACGAGAAGCCGACGUGGGAGCGGCGAGUGCGCUGGGACGGGAUGAAGGCUGUGUUCGGAGGCCCGCCGUCUCUCCUGUGGUUCAACCCUUUCGCUGGACUGAGACUGCGACGCCUCCUGAUGAUCCACGCUCGGAAGGGCGGCUCCGAGUUCGCCGUCUGAGCCGAGGAAGCUCACGUUUCUCCGCACGUCAGCGUACCAGCGUGCCUGUUAAGACCCCACGCGUAGAGGACACAUGGCACAAUGACGCAGGUACGGGGACUCGGGGAAGAGAGAGUGUAAUAAUCCUGAGGCCUAGUGGAGGAGAAGGGCCUAAAUAUGAUGAACUACCUGUUAAAACCACUGGACCUCAACCGAAGGAUCAUUUUUACUUUGGCUUCUCUUGGCUGGGUCUGACCUUUAUUUUUUUUUUCCCGUGAAUAGAUUUAUUAUUUUUUUUUGCUUUGUUUUGUUUUUAAAGGACUCUUUUUUCUGUAUUUUGUUGAAAACAGACCUUUAAGAAGAAAAAAAAAAAAAAACAUGAACAAUCUCAAAGUUCAUUUGAACA